AAUUCAAUACCGGACUCUAGCUUGAAGGUAUCGAAGUGAGUAAUUGAUUGAUUUGGUACAAGACUAGCAAGUUGUGAAACUGGUCUAUCUGGUGGAUCAAAUGACAUUUUUUAUUUCUUUAUAUCAACGUUAAGUGGAAAGAAGAAUGAUUGUCUAUCACUUGAACGAUUAAGCUGAAAAUGAAGUCUAUUAUUUUAACAAUUUUUGCUUUACUUGCUUUAGCAUUCGCUAGAGAUAUUACUGACAAGGUUUAUUUUGAUAUAAAGCAAGGUCCAGAAUCACUUGGUAGAAUCGUUUUUGGGUUGUAUGGUACAACUACACCAAAAACAGCUGCGAACUUUAAACACCUCUCCAUUGGUGAUAAGGGAUACGGUUAUGAAGGCGUUCACUUCCAUAGAGUUAUUAAAGACUUCAUGAUUCAAUCAGGAGAUUUCCAGAGAGGUGACGGUACCGGUGGUUACUCAAUCUACGGCGAUAAGUUUGACGAUGAGAACUUUGAAAUCGUCCACGAUAGACCAGGUCUUUUGUCAAUGGCUAACAGAGGAAAGGAUACCAACGGCUCUCAAUUCUUUAUUACCACUAAACCAACUCCAUGGUUAAAUGGAAAACACGUCGUUUUUGGCGAGGUUAUCGAAGGUAUGGACGUUGUUCGUACAAUUGAAAAUACCCGUACUAGUUUCAGAAACAAGCCAACUGUUGCAAUAACCGUCGAAAAAUCUGGCUUACUUGAAAGGAAUAGCAAAGAUGAGUUGUGACUAUAUGGGGAGUAGAGUAAAGUAUAUUAGUAUUAUCUAAAUAUGAAUACUAUUUGUUUGGCAA